AAAACGUCCAACAGCGCUGUUCUGUCGAAAGCUGCGUCGACAGGACGACGCUCCGCUCGUCCGCAGGCUGCACGACUUUUAUCACGAUUCACCGGAGAACGCCACGGUCCCCGAGAAAAGAAUCGAAUGACUCAUCGCACGGGAGACGAUUGCUACUCUGAGAAUCGCUCUGUAUGAACCCACCAUGUGAAUGAGCACACAGAUCUGCUGGUUCAAAAAGAAAAUCAUCAUUCUAACUGAAGCAGUGUAUUUGCCUGAUGGUCAAAUUUACCAGAGUAGGCUUAAAGUUUUGACUUUGACACUUUGACUUUAAACCCCAAAAGGCAGUUGUUGCAAGUACCUGCAUGGAGACUGGACUGAUUUUUUGGAGCUAUGCUAGAUUCUUUGUUUCAGUUUGAGAGAUAUGUUUACCUGUACGUUGUUUUUGUUGUUGUGCAACUUUCCACCUUUCAAUAUUAUGCCCCAUCCUUUAUGUACUGACAAAUGGUCAUUAUGCCCCAUCAUUUAUGUACUGACAAAUGGUCAUUAUGCCCCAUCAUUUAUGUACUGACAAAUGGUCAUUAUGCCACAUCCUUUAUGUACUGACAAAUGGUCAUUAUGCCACAUCACUUAUGUACCGACAAACGGUCAUUAUGCCACAUCCUUUAUGUACUGGCAAAUGGUCGUGAUGAUUUUUGUUGUGCACACAUCCUUUGUCAUGUAGCGAUCCGCAGGUGCAGACGGUGCACACGUGUGCGGGCUCCAUCCCCCCGGAGGCUGCACUUGAUGACAAACUAGGAUUCCAUGUGAUGGUGUGAGGAUGGGACAGGGUGGUGUUGGGAGUGACUACAGCCCCGGAGGCUGAUGAACCUGCUCCAUUGGCUGGUCAGGAUGCACAUAGCGUCAGUGGGUGUCAGCAAGUUCUGCUUCCUUUUUUCCCUCGCGUUCUGUGGCCUCUUGCUUCUCUUAAUCCCGGCCUUGCAGCCGCCAGCUCGCCAGGUGGACCUGCCUCAGCCGCGACCCCAAAUCAAACCCACACAGGCGGCUCAGUCGCACCACACCAGGGUACCUGCAGUUUCUUUCCAUGCUGGGGAAACUGGCUUGGCCACAAGGCUAAAUGGGAGCUCAGUGGGCCUGGGCGGAUCCGUUGAGACUGAAGUUACCAGGACUGAUAAGAGAGGGGUGGACACCCAAAAAAGCCAAGAAAGAGGGGCUCUCCCUGGAAGAAAGGCCGGUGGACUCUUAGGAUCUACAUCCCAUGAUCCAUUAGAUUUGAAAGACAUUUUUAUUGCUGUUAAGACCACCAGGAAGUACCACAAGUCCAGACUGGAGUUGUUGAUUCAGACCUGGGUUUCCCGAGCUAAAGAACAGACCUUCAUGUUCACGGAUGGUGAGGAAAAUGAGCUGCGGACGAGAACAGGAGCCAACAUCAUCAACACUAACUGCUCAGCAGCUCACACCCGCCAGGCCCUGUGCUGCAAGAUGUCUGUGGAGUACGACAAAUUCAUCGAGUCUCAAAAAAAGUGGUUCUGCCAUGUGGAUGAUGAUAACUAUGUAAUUCUGCCCAGCCUGCUGCGAGUGCUUUCCUCCUACCACCAUAGCCAGGAUGUGUACCUGGGCCGGCCCAGUCUGGAUCACCCCAUAGAGGCUGCAGAGAAAGUCAGGAGUGACGGAUCAGUGUCGGUUAAGUUCUGGUUCGCCACAGGUGGAGCAGGUUUCUGUAUCAGCAGAGGUCUGGCACUGAAAAUGAGCCCCUGGGCCAGUUUGGGGAAUUUCAUCAGCACAGCAGAGAAGAUCCGACUCCCGGACGACUGCACCAUCGGCUACAUCAUCGAGGCACUGCUGGAGGUCUCCCUAACACACACACAUCUCUUCCAUUCUCACCUGGAGAACCUGCAGAAGCUGCCAACUGACUCUGUACUUGAGCAGGUGACUCUGAGCUACGGAGGCUUUGAGAACAGAAGAAAUGUGGUCAGCAUUGUUGGAGGACUUUCACUGGCUGAAGACCCCACAAGGUUUAAGACAAUCCACUGCCUUCUGUACCCAGACACAGACUGGUGUCCAAAGCCCAAACCUCGGCACAAUAUCUGAAAGCCACUGUUUUCAUCCUGCAGCACUGAACUGCUGCACCUUUGCCUCACUCUGCGACGUUUGGGAUCGGUCACAUGUACGUGGUAAUACUUCUCGUGUCAUUAAGUGGACGCCUUCAUCCAAAGUAGCCUCACCUCAUGCGUCAUGAAUGCACAGUGCUGCUGUGAAGAGCUUUUGAAUUUGUAGAACUUUGCAGGUCAAACCAAAGAAGGUAUUUUCCGCCUUACGGAGUAUGAAAGUGGGUGAAGCCAUUAGUGUCUGGAGCUACAUUUGUAAAUAAGCUUUUGAGAGUUCACUAUAGACACUAACCCCAGUGUUCCCCAAAAAAGAACCUCAACAGGCUCCUUGAUAAUUUAGCCAAUUCAUAACUUCAUGUCAUGUCCACUGUAGAAAUGUUUCUAUUUAAAGCACAAGUAACCAUGAUUCUUCCUUAGUUUGGUAUGUGACAUUAAAUACUGCACUUACUGUGAGUGGUCAUUGCUAUAUAGAAGAUUCCAUCCUGAGGUGUGAAACAAUGCUAUUUUUCAAGUUGUAUUAUUCAGAGUGUGUGUUUAAUCAUGGGAGAUUAUCCCGUUCAUGUAAACAAGGUGUAAUGAAGUUUAAGAGAACAUCCAGAACACAGACAGCACUGCAAACUGGUGAAAUUGAAGCAGCUGGAUUUUAUACACAUGUUCUACAAAGCUCCGGGUCCAUUCCACCGUCAGUGGUGUAUUAACAGAAUUCGAAGUUAGUUAUUGAGAAAAAAAUGAAUAGGCUUAUUAAUACUUUAACACGGGGCUGUUCGUGCACAGUACCUGGGACAUUUUGCUACUCAGCAAGUUCAGUUAACCCAACGUGGAGGGACGCAAGUCAUUUUGUGAGGCUCAGUGACAUUUGCAUGAAGUAGACAAGACAAAACCUCGCUCUCUUGCUAAAUAACACGUACACUAGUUAUCAUCCGUGGCAAAUUACUCACUGGGUCACUGUGAUGCAAUACUUUCAUACUUGGCAAAGGCCACAGUAUGUGAAGGAAGCCACAGUGUUCUCAUUACCUACUCACUAACAAGUCAGAUUAACGUGACGGGACAGCUCAAAGUCAACGUACAUCAGGAUAGUUUAUUUUCAUGAAAACAGGUUGCAGUAUUUUAAAUGGACCUGAGCAGCAUGAAUUGAAAUGUAAAUUUAUUUUCCUCCAAAUAGGAACUCCAGUUGAAUAUGAUCAGAAAUAAGAUUAUGUUUGCGUAUUGUACUGGUUUGUUUCAUUCGGUUGUGACUGUCCUGCUCUUCAUUUUCUCAGCAUUCUUUGGUUAGCCUAUUUUUAACAGGCCCAUGUUCAUGGUUUUGCACUAUUUUGAUCUUCCUUGAUACAUGUUACAGUGUUGGUGUAUAUUUGAGUAAAUGUGGGUUAUUUGCUAUUUUAUACUUAUUUGUUUCAUAAGUUGAAGUUGUAGCUCUUUGUACACUUGUUACUAGGCGUUAUGGUGCAGUCAGACCAAAACAAAUCUGUUUGGCAAACGGUCCUGUGGCGUGUGACUUUGUAAGUUACAGGCUCUCAGUCCCAUGCGAGCGUGCAGACCCUUAGUUUUGUUUCGAGCCAAAUCUACAUUCAAACCUUGUCUUGCCCAACCCCUCAAAGUCACAAAAACUCAUUAUAUAAUGGGGAAAGAAUACUUCAGCAACCAUUAUCUCUAGUCCACUGUUCCUUCUUUGGAUUACAGAUUUGCCAAAUUAACUUUGAUUAGCUGGUUCUUUGGCUUCACCCGCUCACGUUACACUAACCAGUGUCAGUAUUUGUACCAGUGUAAAAGUAUUUGUUUUAAACAGAUGUCCCUCUUUUUUCCCCACAAGGCAAAGAUUCAAAAUGCCUAGCUUGUGUCUCACUGCAGGUCAGAGAGCGAGCCUGAAGGGGAGAAGUGUUUUUCUUUUCUUAAACUGUUAAUGGCUGGUGUAUUAUGAUGUUUUUAAGAAUAAAAGCUUUCUGCAUUCUCAA